GUUGGAUUUGGAAGAGUACCUUCUGCCACCUACACAAAUCUCACUGACUGACUGUUAUGGGCGUGUAUAUGAGAGAGAGUGCGGGAGUGAGUAAGAGUAGUGUUAAGUAAGAGGAUGGGAAGUGGCCUUAGCAUUUUCAAGAUAACAGUAUUUAUGGACUAUAAAUUGUAACUGUGCACCUAAAAAAUGUGAGUUGCUUUAAAUUUAUUAAUUUUCACAGUCUGUAAAAUGUAUGAAUUUUCUUCAUAUUUUCAUACUUUGUGGUGUGAUCUGACUCUGGAUUAUUGUAUUAUUGCUUUCAGAUGAAGGAGUAAAAUCUGCAGCAGCCUUUAGUGAAUACGGCAAGGGUUUAUGGAGCCUCUCAGAUCCAUUAGAGCCAUGUUUUUGAUGACAUUAGGGGUAAAGUUUUCAGUGAGCUCAUAGGCUGACAGCAACACUGAAAUCCUUAAAGAGCAUAGAAUUUAAUCUCCUUCACACUCUCACUCUCUCUCUCCACAUAUGCUUUAUCUCUCUCUCUCUCUCUCUCUCUCUCUCUCUCUCUCUCUCUCUCUCUCUCAAGAAGCACCAUUUCUACCUAUUAAACAAUGUCAUUUAUUCCUGUGGUUUUUGAGGUGGAACAGCACACAAUGCCUGCCAUUUGGAUAAUGGUUCCUACAAUGGGGCACAUAAACUGGUACGAUUUUUCAAGCUGAACAAUGCAAUUGUAUGCCAUUUCAGUAAGUAAAAAGGUAAAAGGGUAAGACAAGUAUAGGUUUUGAUGGAAACAAGCCAAUCAGUAAGUCUCACUGUGUCCCUUGACUUAAUGGUAUUGCUAGUUCUGCAAAUUUUGUGGCAUUUACUUUACUCCACUUUUCCACCAAGCAGAACUCGAAAUGAACACUUCCACAUUCCAGCACGACAACAGCAGGUCCACAAGGUCCGGUGUGAAUUUGUGUGUUUCAGAUUUAAACUAACUUAAUAGGAUACAGGGACAUUGUUACUAACCAGAAAUUACCAUCUUUUCAUCUUUCAAUUAACAAUAAUUACCGUGUUUUGGAGAUGUGCCUUUUUUCCCAUAUUAACAGCGUGAAUAUAAAUAAUUGAGGAAUUUUUUUGUUAUACCUUAUCUUGUCUCAUGUAACAUCUGCUCAUCAGUGCUAAGUGCUCCUUCAUGUCAUAAUACCCUGUAUGUCAUAUAUUCAUAUUUAAAGUAAUACCAUAUCUAGCCUACCCACCCUCACUCACUCUUCAAAGAGCCAAUGGGAUCCAGAGCAGGUCUAGAUUAGUGGAUUAUUCUAGCCUAGGGGAUUGAAGCAGGGGAAAGCUCAUGGGACCCAGUAAGCAGAUCGGGAGAUGCUUCUCUUCUUGGCCCGUGGGAUGCUGGUGGAAGGUGCUUUUACCGUGUGAGAAGUACCAGGUGAAGGCUGAGUUUGCCAUUAGCAGCACUGCAGUUGCUCAGACGGGGGAACUGACUUUCUACCUCAAGCAGAAACCACCGGAACUCCAGCCCACAGGUUCUCUGAAUUAUCUCCCCUCUCAUCUCCUCCUUAUGAGAUGUUCCAAACUAGCAAAAGGAUGCUCAACACUGAAGCCCUGUGGAACAAUUCUUUAACAGACAACAACGUGAAGGACAUCUUCUGCUGGCUUCGAUGCAUCAUCACUGAAGAUAAAGACAAUGCGAAGAAUAGUCUGGCCAAUUUUAACUGCUGGCUUCAGUGCUCAUUGGAAAUGACCAAGAAAGAGUUGCUAACUCUCUGUUUUGUCCAGCGCAAGGGCCUCUGGAUGUGUCUGGACCAGAGAGCCUUCACUAAAGUUCAUUUACUGACACAGAAACUGGAGAACCUGCUGUCAUUGAGCUGCUUGGGAAAGAAACUCACUGAUCCUCAUCUAUCUACACACAGGCUCACAAAUGGGACGUAUUUAAUUGAUGGUCACAUGAUCAGCUGGGGCUGCUCAAAUCAGGAGCAACAAAUACUCAGACAGCACAUCUUGCUCGGCAGACUGGUACAGUGGUGGAGUUUAACUGGACUUCUGCCACAGUACCCAGAUGCUUGUGAGUUCAAGCAGAUUUCUCAGAUGUGGCGUAAGAUGGACCAGAAUCCCAGAAGAGUUUGCUUGAAGCUGCGAUGUGAUAUUGAAGAUAAAUACAGAUCGAGCUCCCUUAUCCAGGACAUAAUGGCUCGUUUGGUUAAACAGCAUGGGCCACUAUGGGUUUCAGAAGACUGUGCCUACCAGACUUACCCUCCACCCUCUCUUAACGCUCUCCUAAAUCUUGUGCUGGUCCCACAUGUAGACAUCACAUGUGUCCAGGCCAUUAUAAUGUACUUUGUCUUGGAUGUGUCUAACUACCUGCGCUGUAAUGAUGACCUUCUGAAAUCAUUCUGCCGCACCUUCAGCAUCCCACCCAGCUUUUCCCAACAGAUCCGUGGAUUCUGGCUCAUGGACCAUGGCUUUGUGUCUGAUUCAAUGGAAAUGCUGCUAAGCCCAAAGGCCAGUUCACCCUGGUUAUCACUUCACCAUUGGGCUGUUCUGAGGACCCUGCUGAAGCGAGGGGAGCGUCAGGCAGCACUGAAGUACCUGUACUACACCACACCUGCCAUAGAGAGCGUUCAGAAUGCCAGACUGUAUAUGGACGUCCUGCUACAGAACAAUCGUGUUUCUGAGGCCUGGAUGCUGCUCAGACAUGGUCAAUUAGGAAACAAGCACCUACUCAAACACUUCAUUCAUGAAUGUGAGAAUGUUUGUGUCUGUGGGGAAGCACUGACCGCUGUGUGUAAGAAGUUACAGCCCCACUUACCUGAAAGACCAGAUUCAGUGAGACCUGAGGCCACGAAUCAAGAUAACAUUAAACAUGAAUUAAACAGUCCAGAGGGAAAAGACCAGACCUCUCGUCCACUAUCUGCACUGUUAUACAAGUGUCUCAGCAACAGCUCUCUGACGCCUGAAGAUUUGAUUACACAUCUUAGACAAACUGUGACUGACCUUAACUCACUACAAACCACAGAAAGGGUUUUGGUAGUGUGGCCAGAGCAUCUGGAGAUCACAGAGGAGAACAGGAAUAUACAUCCAACACAUCCUGCGUGCCAUAAUCUGCCCGACACACCUGAUCCAGCAGAGCUUCAGAAGGCUCCUCAGAGAAGCCCAGAGCUGGAGCAGCUAGAGGAUGAAUUGCCUGCAUUGUUACAGUUGGUAUGUGUGUCUCCGUCAGUGGAAUCUUCUGGUACUACAUCUCCAGACAGUAUAACGUCCGCAUGCUCCUUCACAACUGCCCCAUCUUCACCGCUUGUUGUCCCAUCUGAAACCCCAUCUGCCAUCUACAGCAGCACAGAGACAGUGCAGAGCCCCUUUUCUACAUGUACACAAGAGGACUGCCAGGUGCUGGACAAUGAACUGAGAGCUCCUGAAAACCUGGCUCAGAUCUGUUGCCCAGACCUUACUUUGACUGUGGAUGGUUCUACAGAAGCAAUGCCUUUUAAAAGCCUGCGGAGAGGAAGUGCAAUUGAACUGGACAUCUAUGAGUGUGUUGUGGAAAUCUCCACGUCUGCAGUUCCAGAAAACAUCUCAGACCCAACUGACAGUCCAAUAGUAGAAACUGCACAAACUAAGAAACGGUCAAAGAGCAAGUUUAACCUUCCGUCACAGUGCUACAGCAAUGAGGAUAAUCAAGCAGUGCAUUCUCCUGCUGAGCUUCCUGUAGACAGUCACAAUUUUUUAACCCCUGAUUAUGAAAAAGCAGUCUAUGAUAAAGUCGUAUCUGAGGACAUCAUUAAGGCAGAAAAUGUGACUGAAUCUUUAACCUCUGAACAGAAAGCUGAAAGUUUUUAUCCUCAGGAAUCUUUCUCCAUUGAAACGCCUGAAACAAGCAGCUUUCUGGAACUUGAGCCUUUAAGGAGAGCACUGUCUCUUCCUCUAGCUGAGGAAGGCUUUGAGGUCUCCCGUUCGGAUUCCCAGGAUUCGGUGGAUCAGCCAGAGAUCCUUACCUCCUGUGCCCCUUCUGAGGACAUGCAGGACCUCGAAAAGAAAUAUGUUUUAAAAAAGAGAGGAGAUCCAUGCCAGUCUGCUUCAUUAGCCUCUUUAAGGAGCGCUGUCAUAGAGACAGACUUCUUCACCCAUCAGCUGCACAUUCCUCUUGGAGUCUCCGUGUCACCCUGCACCAGUCCAACCCGCAGCCCCCAGCUCAGCCCCUCUGAUCAGGUUAGAGACAAAUCCCCCAGCCAAGGCAAGACUACAACAGCGAAGGUGGCGAUGUGUUUCCGGACUACACCCGACGGGAUAGGCCACUGUAGAGUGGGCAGCUGGUGGAAGCAGGGCCUGGAGACAAGACGAGCCUCCACAGGCCUGCUGCAUGCAGUGGAACAGGUCUCAGCUGCCACAAAAGGACAAUCUCAGUCUCGAGGAUCACCUGGCUUAUUGGAAUCCUCUGCCAAGCCUAAAGGAGGCAAAAAAGAGGUCAGACGGGGUGGGAAAGAGGAGUCGACUAGUAGAAGGGGACCCCGAAAAGUGGCCUCUCAUCCAGUGGAAUCCGGAUCAUCUGCACAUGCAGAACGAAGAGACAAGAGAGGAAAACGCUUUAAACAGUCAUGAGAAAAAGAUUUUACUUCAAAUAUCAGCUAUGACAUGUAAUCAUAUUUUUAAUGAUGGUGUCUAAAUGCACAGUUCACACAGGUAUUAGCAAAUCUGAUCACAAUGUGGGACAUUCAACUAUUAUAUAUAAAGCAUUUUUCCUGUAGGUCUUUUAGUGAGCAUAUACAGUCAAUGCAAGUAAGGAGAACUGCCAUUUUUGCUUUGUUCAGACACUAGAGUGCACUCUAGAGCAGGUUUAUGAGAAAUAGUUAAAAUGGAGAUCUAUUUUUUCCAACACAGAAAAAUAUUUCAGCUGUUUUUCACAGUCCUGUUAUAUUGUAAUGCUGCUAACUCACCACCCAAUUAGAAGCUAAUAGCCAGAAUGUAGAUAUACAUUUAUUUAAUAUAUUCUUCUACUUUCCUAAUUUUAAGGUGCCAUAGAAUAAAAAAAUAUUAAUUUGGUCACUGAUGAUAGUUCAGUACAUGCAAAAGAAAUUUGUUAACCCCAAACACUGUUGCGUCCUCAAAAGAAAAUCCACCGAAGUAAAACAGGACUAUAAAACAGGCCAAUUCCGAAACAUUCCAAAAAAAGUAUGAUUUGACUCAUUUUAUAUAUAUAUGCCUUCAAAAGCCUUCCUGGGUUAAAUGCAACAGCUACUAUGGGAGAAUAUUGAUAAAAGUCUAAAAUGCUAGAGACCAGAGAAAAGCUGAGUGGAGGAAGAAUUCCUGUGGGUAUCCAAUCUUAUGACAGGCAGGGAAGAGCUGCAAGGAUUGUGUUUUAUAGAAAGGCUUUGAAUCAUUAGGUGCUUGCUGGGUUCUUGUUUAAAAGCUAACCCUACCACUUAAAUAAAUAACCCAAAAGCUGGUUUUAAACUACUUACACAAAUAAUGUCAAAAGUAGAAACUAGUAGUAGUGGCUCAAUCAAGCAUGUAGAAAAAUAAUGUCCUUCUCUUAUACUAUAAAACUGAAAAAAUUAAAUAUUUUGCAUAAAUUGUCAGAUAUUCCAAAAAUAAACAUACUAUUGAAUUUGUGUUAUAUUGUUUUUUCCAGAUAUCAACAAUGAAUUUUCAUACAGUACUGAUGUUUUAAAGUCAUUGGUGGUUUUAGAAGGUGAUUGUAAUUGUAUACCGCGCCUUAAGAGGUGUAAUUACAAACUGGAACUACUAUAUGGUUGUUGACAUAUAUAAAGCCCGAUAUACUGUACACUA